CCGUUGCACCGUCGCGACACGACCGCGCCGCGUCCGUCCGUCGUCGCAGUCUCUCGGGCCGUCACUCUCGUCACGCCGGCCGUCGGACGCAGUAUAUAACAUCACGCUGCACCAACUACGCGACAAUAACACCGCGCGCUCCGCCAACGACGCGCCACCGCCGCCGGUACGCGAAGCCACUGCAAUAUUGUCGUGAAAAUAUAUAUUUCGUAGACGUACCUCUUUCGAUUAUUUUCCGAGGUAGCGUGGAAUCCGUCAGCCGCGUGCUGCAGUCAUUAUAUUAUUAUUGUAAUAAUAAUAUAUACGGUGACCGACAGCGUACAGCGACACGACGACAGGGAUAACAUCGCAUUGCACGACACCGCCCUCGUUCGAAAUGACCAAUCAACCGACCAUAGUGAUCAAGAACCCGACAUGGUGGAAGAGGAGGACGAACUUGGAACGGAAUCUGACCAUCGUCGCCGGCGGAAUGCUAUUGGCGUCCUCAUUUCUGGCCCUGGCUCUGUCGACGUUGUACUUCAACCAUAGCUGCAACAUGGAGAGUCUUCCGUCGAUAUCAGCUGAAAAUAAUGGUUUGAUUGGCAAAUCGCGAGGUAGAAGUCUUUUCCAAAACAGAGAAUACGAAAAAGAUAACAUUUGUCUCACCGCUGGUUGCGUUAAAGCUGCGGCUUCCGUAAUCAACAACAUGGAUACAUCAGUAGAUCCUUGUGAUGAUUUCUAUCAGUUCGCGUGUGGUAAUUUUAUAAAAGAAACUAUCAUCGACGACGAUAAAACGUCGCAAACCACAUUCAGCGCGAUUAGCGACUCGCUGUUGAACAAGCUUCGAAUGAUCAUCACCGAACCCAUUCAACCGAACGAACAGAAACCAUUCAAAAUGGCGAAAUUAUUGUAUAAAUCGUGCAUGGACAAAGAAAAAAUCGAAAAAGUUGGCUUGGGACCUAUUAAGGAAAUGUUAAAAAGCCUGGGCGGAUGGCCCGUACUGGAAGCCGAGAAAUGGAACGAUGCCGAUUUCACGUGGAAGGACAGCGUGUACAAGUUCAGAGUGGCGGGCUACAGCGUAGACUACUUCAUCGACUUCUCCAUCAGCACAGAUUUAAAAAACACCACAACGAGAGCUAUUGACCUGGACCAAGCGUCGCUGGGACUUAGCCGGGAGUACCUGGUCAAAGGCACCGACGAAAAAAUCGUGGCCGCGUACUACAAGUACAUGGUAGACAUCGCGGUGCUGUUCGGCGCUGACCGGCAGAGGGCCACCAAGGAGCUGAGGGAGUCGUUGGACUUUGAGAUAGGAUUGGCGAAGAUAUCGCUACCGCUGGAAGAACGCCGGGACGCCGCCAAGCUGUACAACCCGAUGAAAAUCGCGGAUCUACAACAAAAGUUCCCGAGCAUACCGUGGCAAGAGUACCUGAACAAUCUGUUGAACCCGCUGACCAUACGGCAGGACGACAUCAUAAUUGUAAACUCGCCAAAAUACUUGUCAGACCUCGAAGCUCUACUCAGCAACACGCCCAAGAGGAUCCAAGCGAAUUACGUGAUUUGGAGAGCUGCUGCGGCGUCCGUCAGUUAUCUGACUGAAGAAAUGAGGAAAAGACAAUUGGAGUACAGUACCGAGCUAUCGGGCAGGACCGAAAGAGAACCCAGAUGGAAGGAAUGUGUGGAUAUAAGUUCCGGAAGUUUCUCAUUGGCCAUCGGAUCGUUGUACGUAAGACGGUACUUCGACGAAAACGCUAAAAAGAACGCUUUAGAAAUGGUGAACGGUAUCAGAGAAGAGAUGUACAAAAUAUUAUCGUCAAUCGAUUGGAUGGAUGACGAAACAAGGAAAAACGCUAUAGACAAAGCAAAGUCAAUGACCAGUCACAUUGCAUAUCCGGAUGAAUUAUUGGACGACAGCAAAUUGAAUGCGUUUUAUGAAAACCUUGAAGUCAACGAUAAUGACUAUUACACAUCCGUAUUAAAUUUGACCAAAUUUGGCACUGACUAUAGCUUUUCAAAAUUAAGGCAACCUGUUAACAAAUCAGAUUGGAUUACUCACAGUAAAACAGCAAUUGUAAAUGCAUUUUAUAGUGCUAUUGAAAACAGUAUCCAGUUCCCCGCUGGUAUCUUACAAGGCGCGUUCUUCUCCAGCGAUCGUCCUCGAUACAUGAAUUACGGCGCCAUUGGAUUUGUAAUUGGUCACGAGAUCACCCACGGUUUUGAUGAUCAAGGCAGACAGUUCGAUAAGCAGGGUAAUCUGGUGGACUGGUGGGCGGAGGAGACGAAGAAACGCUACUUGGAAAAGGCGACGUGCAUCAUCAGACAGUAUGGAAAUUACACGGCUCAAGAAGUCGGUCUCAAGUUGAACGGCAUCAACACGCAGGGCGAGAACAUCGCGGACAACGGUGGCGUGAAAGAGGCGUACUACGCGUACAACGUGUGGACCAAACGACACGGCGUCGAACCUCGACUUCCGGGGCUCCAGGACUACACACCGCAACAGAUGUUCUGGGUGAGUGCCGCCAACGUGUGGUGCUCCAAGUACAGGCCGGAAACACUCAAGAACCGCAUCACUACCGGCUUCCACUCGCCAGGCCGUUUCCGGAUCAUCGGCCCGUUCUCCAACCUGGAAGACUUCAGCAACGACUUCCGGUGUCCGCUAGGCUCCAACAUGAACCCGGUCAAGAAGUGCCAAGUGUGGUGAGAUGACCACCGCCCGACCGUGCACAUAUCAUUAUCAUUAUUGUUAUUUUUUUUUAUAGGUGCGAAAUAAUAAUAAUAUUAUAAUAUAUGUGUGAUAAAAUAAUCUCGUCGCGCGUGCGCCUUAUAUCAUUACAAAAAUAUUGUUGUAUAGGUGUAAAAUAUUAUAAUAUACUCGAAUACGAUCAAACCAGUCCCUUGAAUCGUCCCACCCCCACAUUCGUCACUCAAAAAACAUUCCCUUUGACGAUUUAAAUCUUCCCUCCCGCAGAUCGCCCUCCCCGACCACUGGCCCAUCAUAAUCCUCCCUCGAGCUUUAUCUGUGGUAAUUUAUUUAUAUACAAUAUUUUAUUAUUAUUAUUAUCGUGGUAUUGUAUUAUUAUUAUUAUUAUUAUUAUUGUUUUUAAAACGUACGACAUAGUUUAAGUAUCUACAGUCUACAACAUGAGUACAUAAUAAAUAACAUGUGACAUUUUUUUUUAUGAUUCAACAAUAACAAAAAAAAAUUACAAAAUUAAGAAAAUGUUUUAUU